GGGUCGUCGACCUCGUGGAGUGCGUCUUUCUCUGUAACCAUGAAGACACCAGGCUUGUUGUCAUUUCUCGCCCUUCCUGUGGUAUGGGCUAUCCCCACCAGUGAACUCAACGCGUUCUUGAGUAGUCUAGACGACUAUACGGAAGUGACCAACGCUGCUUCAAGCAAUCUCUUUGGCGGAGUAGCCAACGGUAUCGGAUAUGUCUUGGACCACGCACAGGAAGUUCUACAUGAUCAUCUGCAUCAAGGGCAAGAUACAUUGGAGAAAUGGGUGCACGAAGGGAAACAGUUCGUGAAGCAGAACGGCCUUACAUAUGAACUUGUCACAAAUCCUGCGUUCCAGGACUAUCAACUCCGUGUCACUGACCCCGACUUAUGCGAUCCGACAGUCAAGCAGCAUUCAGGGUAUCUCGAUGUCACCGAUGGGAAGCAUCUUUUCUUUUGGUUCUUUGAGUCUCGUACCUCUCCAGAGAAGGCACCACUGACCCUCUGGCUUAACGGCGGUCCUGGGUGUAGCUCCAUUACUGGUCUCCUCUUCGAGAAUGGUCCCUGCAGAGUAACGAACGGGGGCAAGAGCACGAAACCAUUCGAGCAUUCCUGGAACAACUACUCCAAUAUCAUCUUCUUAGACCAACCUGUUGACGUCGGCUACUCGUACUCCACUGAUGGAUCAACUGUCAACACUUCUCCGGUGGCUGCUGAGGACGUUUAUGCUUUCAUCGAGUUGUUCUUGGCUAGGUAUCCCGAAUACGCCGAUAUGCCUUUCCAUAUUGCUGCCGAGAGUUAUGGAGGAAUCUACGCUCCGAACAUCGGGUCGGUGAUCCACCUGAAGAACAAGGAACUAACGUUGCGUCCUGCACCUGGAGUCAAGCACGUCAACUUAGCUUCUAUCAUCUUAGCUAAUGGGCAGACGGAUCCAUAUGUUCAGCUAGCUUCUGUGCCAGACUAUGUCUGUGACGGACCGUAUCCGUUGUUCGACGACCCAGAGGGUGCUCAGUGCACGGCUCUUCGUAGCAAAGUGCCAACAUGCCAAAGACUCAUUCAAGGCUGUUACAACUACAAUUCCAGGCUCACAUGUGUUCCCGCGAUAGUCUACUGCUAUAGUCAGUUAAUGGGACCUGUACAGCAAACUGGCGUCAAUCCGUAUGAUGUCCGUAAGAAAUGCGAUCGCUCUAAAGACGGUUCGCUUUGUUACAAAGAGAUGGCAUGGGUCGAGACCUGGAUGAAUGAUGCAGCGACCAAGAAGGCGCUUGGAGUACCUGCUGAGCGCACGUUCCAAACUUGUAAUACGGACGUAAACCAAGCAUUCUUCAGCCAGGGCGACGGGGUUAAGAAUGCUGCAGCUCUACUGCCGCCAUUGGUAAAUGAUGGCGUUCGUUUGUUAGUCUACGCCGGCAACGCAGAUGCUAUGUGCAACUAUGUCGGCAACGAACGAUGGAUGGAGAAACUCGAACACAAUUUCCAUGCGGAAUUUGCAAAGUCGAGACCUGUUCCGUGGGUAACUUUGGAAGGUGGUAUCAUCGCCGGUGAAGUCCGCAGUGUUGGUGGUAAUGGCUUUUCUGCGGGUAAUGUUACCUUCGCACAAGUAUACGAAGCUGGCCAUAUGGUCCCAUUCGACCAACCUGAGGCAGCCUCUGAUUUGUUCAACCGAUGGAUUCUGGAUGUUCCCUUGAUUCUCAACGCAACUGAGAUAGCCUCUACUAUGACAGUGCCUUUUGGUGGACUGGUAUAACUACACAAUCCUCUGCUAUUAACUUUAAGCUUGCUUGCAGUGUAAUCCGCCGCUCAUGUUCCGAUAUGUAGGCCAUGAUGACCCUUGUUCACAUAGAUACCACAUAACACACACAUAUCCCUAUCCUCGUGUAUUUUAUCAUCAAGGACACUGCCCAUUUUGUAUCUCACUCCAUUCUCGGAGCUUUCGGAUGCCAGUGCAUUUUGCACAAUGUCACCGGAUAUCCUGAAGUCUAUUUCGACUUCAGGCUUGCUCCCUGCGCGAGUGCUAUUUCAUCGUGUUUCGUGUCCGUAUGGUUUCCUGCUGCGCGCCGGCUGUCAGAUGUUUUGGACUUUGUUUUCUUGUUUCUAUGAUUGUUUGCUGAUCUUUAUAAUCUUCUUCUUGAUUGACACUGUGAUUGACUUCAUAACGU